GCCACCAUGAGGCCGCACCUCCUCAGCCUCGCCCUCCUCCUGGCGGUCGCGGCCGCCGUCGUGCCCCUGGUCUCAGGGUAUGAGAAGGUCGAAAGGAAGACAUUGUCCCUUGAUUAUGGACCUCCGAAGAAGGGUGUCGAGAAGCCCAAGGAGGAGAACCCUAAUGAGGAAGCCGCCACUUCCGCUAAGGCCUCCACCGCCUACGAGAAACCCGUCGAACAAGCUGAAGCAGCCAGCACCUCCACAUCUGAUGAGAAACCAGCUGGCAAGUACGAGGACUCUUCAUCAGCUCCAGAGAAGGUAAAGAAGGAGAAAUCCAAAGAGAAGGGGAAAUCUGAUGAUUUUGAUGUGUCCGCAUUUCUUAAGAAGAAAAAGAAGGAGAAGACCGACGACGACGACUAUGAUAAGAAGCAAAAGAAGGAGAAGUCUGAUGAUUUUGAUGUAUCCACAUUUCUUAAGAAGAAAAAGAAGGAGAAGUCCGACGACUAUGAUGAGAAGCAAAAGAAGAAGUCUGAUGAUUUUGAUGUAUCCGCGUUUCUUAAGAAGAAAAAGAAGGAGAAGUCCAACGGUUCUGAUGAUUCUGAGGAAUCCUCCUCCUCCUCCUCGUCUAAUAAGAAGAAGGAGAAGUCUGACGGUUCCGUCGAUUAUGUAUCUACUAAUAAGAAGGAAAAGAAGGACAAGUCUGAUGAUUCAGACAACGAUGAUGCAUCGUCUAAUAAGAAGGAAAAGAAGGAGAAAAAAACCAAGAAAAAGGAGAAAACCUCCGGUGGUUCUUUUGAGAAGGAGAAGGAAAAGGAGGAGAAACCUGAUGAGGAUGCCAAGCCCGUCGACGUCUCCACCAACGGGGAGUACGUACCCCCCAAGGAGCCCAUGGGCGGCAUGGAUGCUCCCGACGAGCUCCCGCCGGCGGCCAAGGGCUCCACCACCUCCGAUGCGUACGCAUCCCCGGAUGCGAGCAGCCAGCCCAUGGGUGGUAUGGACUCCCCCGACGAGCUCCCGCCGGCGGCCAAGAGCUCCGCCAGCAGCCAGCCCAUGGGCGGCAUGGACUCUCCCGACGAGCUUCCGCCAUCGGCCAAGAGCUCAUCCGCCUCCUCCGAUCCGUACGCUGGCCAGCCCGCCGACCCGACGAAGCCGUCGCUGUCGACGGAGUCCUUCGGGGGAAUGGUCAAGACGCCGCCGAACCUCAACAUGCUGAACCCGGUGGUGAAGCGCGUGUGCAGCGGGACGACGUACCCGUACGACUGCGAGGAGUCGAUCGCGGAGCUCCACGACAGCGCGAUGCCGGCGCAGCCGGCCGGCGACGGCGAGGACGUGCUGCGGCUGGCGAUGGAGGCGGUGCGGGAGAAGGUGAUCGUGGCGAUGAACGCGGCGACGGACCGGAUGAACACGCCGGGGAUGGAGGAGACGGUCAAGGAGGCGCUCGACGACUGCACGCAGUCCUACAGCGACAUCAAGGCGAGCCUGGAGAGCGUGGACGCCGCGCUCAAGAGCGGCGACAUGGCCACGGCGCGCACCAACCUCGACUCGGUGGAGACCGACGUGACCACCUGCGACGAAGGCUUCAACGAGCGCGGCAAACCGUCGGUCAUGACCGACCAUGACAAGGAGCUCCAGAAGCUCGCCAGCGACCUCAUCUCCAUCGGCGCCACCGCCAUCCGCCCCUACUAGACAGAGGGAGAGAGAGGUUGCUCUCCAUCUGUGGAACUCCAACUGCAGCUCAGUAUGCUGCUGCAUUAUUUGUAUCAGUAUAUGAUUGUGAAUCCAUCCUGCUUUAUACAGAAAACAAGUGUAUGAUUCUGAAUUCUG